ACUGACAGGCUUCCCUAUUUCAAAAUCGUAGUUCAUCCUUACGUUGGGUUUAUAUUUAAAUUGUGAUAUGGUGUCAUGUCAACACAUUUGAACAUGGACAUCACAUUGUAUCUUGCACCCGUAGGACUAUACUAAGAUCUUAGUUCUGUAUCUAAAUUCUGUGUGCAUAUUAUAAGUUUUGCGGCAGUUCUCUACUGAAUUUGCGAGGAUGAAUGGGAGCAGAAAUUGUUACGUUAGCGUUCAGCGAUUAUUGCGUCAUUUCUCCUCCGGGACACAGCCUCCCAUUCGAGUGGGGUUAACGGAAAACACAGGUAGAGGAGUUUUCGCAAUUCGGGAGAUUCGAACCGGAGACCUCAUACACACUGAGGACCCCUUCGUUGCUCAUCCUUAUCUCUCCACCGUGGAUAAGGUGUGCUACUAUUGCUUGCGGAGGCUCAAGAGUUUUGCAAACUCACACUGGGAGAAAGCGAAGUCACCUGCAAACACUUUACAAGAUGGUCAAAAUGAGGUUCACUUUUGUAGCAAUCAAUGCACAGAGAAAGCAAAGGAUUUUUAUGAGAUCGAGAAGGAAGCAAACUGGUCAUUGUAUCAUGAACAAUGCAGGUAG